AUGACUUUAUAUCACUUUGGAAAUUGCAUGGCUUUAAUAUACUUUCCUUAUUACUUAACUUAUAAACAUUCAGGAUUAUCUGAGUAUGGAGCGUUUUGGAAAUGCAUUCAAGCUGGCCUAAUCUACAUGGUCACGCAGUUAGCGAAAAUGUUAGUCCUAGCCACAUUUUUCCCCGAUAAUGUUUCUGAUUUAGGAAAUGAUACAAUAGGGGAAUUCUUAAAAUCAACGGUUGAUUUGGCUGAUUUAGCAGGAUUGUAUCUGGUUCUAUCAGGUAUUCCCGGAAAGGGACACAGCAAAGUGCUAACAGCAGGAAUCGGUUGGGCAGCGGCUGAAGUUGUUCUGUCACGUACUGUACUACUGUGGGUAGGCGCUAGGGGAGCGGAAUUUGACUGGAUUUACAUACAAAAAUGCCUGGAAUCAAACAUAUUGCUCGUUCAGCACAUAAUUACUGCUACAUUGGUUUGGCUAUGGUCGAGGCAUGAUUUAAAACAGAACAUUCGUUCGGCAGUCAGUAUUUUGUUGUUAUUAACUUCAUACAAGUCUCUUCUAUUGGACUUGUUGAUUAGCUUUAUUGGGGCCAGUAUGUGGAUGGGACUGCUAAUAAAGGCUACUACUACACUAAUUUAUGGAAUGUUCACGCUAGUAAUAUAUGCGGGACUUGCUCAAAUUAUCGGUAUUUUUUAA